CCCGCAACUUCCUGUCGCUGUAAUUCCUCAUUGCUAACGGAGUCUGUAUCUUAGCCUAGCUAGCCAACUCCACAAACAGAAAAGAACAACAACAAAUUUACUUAAAAUUAACGUAUGAUAUUACGUUUUGGAAUAAUACAGCCGUUGAAAUGUAAACGAAUAGAGAGCUAAUGAAUAUCUUGAAUCAAAUCGUUUCCGUUAGAUUCAAAUAUUGUUGUGUGUUAUAAUGCUAGCUCGGGACUCUAGAAAUUUGCCUGACGGCAGCUAGCGGGGAGUUUCGUUGUUUUUUUUGUGUCACUAAUAUUAUAUUGUCACCAGACAAAGUCAGCUUGUGAGUCAACUCCAGAAAUGAAAGUUUCUCUUUAGUAGAGCGAUAUCGAUUUGCGUUGACACCUGUUAGCUUAGCUAGCGCUGCUAACGUUAGCUAGCGCUCUCCUCACACUGAUUCUGCUGCUGGAAAUGGUAGACGCCCUCAUGUGCCCAUGGAAAAGGCGGCUUUCGAGGGGUGGCUGGAGUCAGUGUCCGCCACCUUCCUGGCACUAAGUGACCAGCAGCGCAACCAAUCGCUGGACCACCUCAUCUCACUGAGUGGCGCCGCCCAACUGCGACACCUGUCCAAUAGGCUGGAAGCGCUCCUGAAGCGGGAUUUCCUGCGCCUGCUGCCGUUAGAGCUGGCCUUCUACCUGCUCCGCUGGCUGGACCCCCAAACCCUGCUCACCUGCUGUCUGGUGUGCAAGCAGUGGAAUAAAGUCAUCAAUGCCUGUACAGAAGUGUGGCAGAGCGUGUGUCGAGACCUCGGCUGGCGCAUCGAUGAGUCCAUCCAAGAUGCGACACACUGGAAAGGUGUUUAUCUAAAAGCCAAAUUGCGUAUGAAGCAGCUUAGGGAGGAGGAUGCUUUUGAGACGAGCUCUCUUAUUGGACACAGUGCUCGGGUAUAUGCUCUCUACUACCGGGAUGGGCUGCUCUGUACAGGUUCUGAUGACCUGUCAGCUAAACUAUGGGAUGUCCGAACAGGGCAGUGCGUAUACGGCAUCCAGACCCACACUUGUGCCACUGUCAAGUUUGAUGAGCAGAAACUGGUGACUGGGUCUUUUGACAACACCAUUGCAUGCUGGGAAUGGAGCACUGGUGCCAAAAUCCAGCAAUUCCGAGGACAUACUGGGGCCGUAUUCAGCAUAGACUACAACGAUGAGUUGGACACCCUGGUCAGUGGCUCAGCAGACUUCACUGUAAAAGUCUGGUCCCUGUCUUCAGGAACCUGUGUCAACACUUUUACUGGACACACUGAGUGGGUCACUAAGGUGCACCUUCAAAAAAGCCAAGUGGAGUCCAUGAUGCACAGUCCUGGUGACUACAUACUACUGAGUGUUGAUAAGUAUGAAAUAAAGGUGUGGCCUAUAGGUUGUGAGAUCAACUGUAAGUGCUUAAAGACUCUAUCCGUGUCAGAAGAUCGCAGUGUUUGCUUGCAGCCGCGGUUACAGUUUGACGGCCGGUACAUUGUCUGUAGUUCAGACCUGGGCAUAUACCAGUGGGACUUUGCAAGUUUCGAUGUCGUCAGAGUCAUCAAACCACAGCAGGACCCCUCCAGUCUCUCUCUGCUUAGUUUUGGCGAGGUGUUCGCUCUGCUCUUUGACAACCACCACCUCUAUGUUAUGGACUUGAGGACUGAAGUUACCGUGGGCCGCUGGCCACUACCAGCCUACCGCAAAUCCAAACGUGGCUCUAGUUUCUUACCGGGCGUCACCUCAUGGCUCAACGGACUGGAUGGCAAGAACGAUGCGGGCCUGGUGUUCGCCACUAGCAUGCCCGAUCAUAGCAUUCAUCUGGUUCUUUGGAGAGAGAAUGGGUAGAAAGGCAGAGGUGGUGAAUACUAGCCAUGCGCUUUGAAAGCAGGCAGGACUUUUAUGGACAUGAAAAGAAGAAAAAAAGGGUGCUCUCGAUUUGAAAAAUAUUACAGCCAACCAAGUUAGAUAAUGCAUGGACCGAAGCGCUUUCCCCUACUCGCCUUUGUUUCUAUUCGCAUUAGGGGUUCAAUCUUGCUUCACUCUCUUUCUUAGUCACUUGCAAAGCACGCAUUCAGCACAUUACGAUCUAUAGAAAAGAAGAACGCUGGAGAUUUGUAGUACAGAGCUUAGUUUCUCUCUAAUGUGAACAAUCCAAGGUUUUUGUUUGUUGAAGAUUUAAGAGAAAUUCCCCACUUAACCUCAGAGUUUAGCUCCUUUUGAUUUCACACCGGUGAGGUAGAGAAAUGCUACUGCACCCCCGGAGCACAGAUCGCGUCACAGCAAGCUUGAUCAGUAGAGUUGGUGUGUUUUUAUUGCACAGUCACAAAGAAUGACAAUGAAGUACUUUAUGUUUGUUUGUUUGUUUGUUUCAGUGUUAUCUUUUCAAUGAAUUUUCAUUUCUUUACAAGUCAGGAAUUUUGCUUUGGGCACAGAAAUGUUGCCUUAAACCUAUGAUUUCCUAUUGAAGUAAUUGAAUUUGCAGACCUCUGCAUCCGUAGUCGCUGGCUUGCACCCCAGACACCUGUGUCGGUCAUUUUGCGGAGUCUUGAAAAGGCUCUGAUAAAAUGCUAUCUGAAUGAAUCAAAUGGCUUUUGUAUGAAGGUCAUUCAGAGGUGGCUUCACACUGUUACUGAGCCUUGGUGUUAUUUUUCAUUCUGUUUAUUAGUCAUGUGCCUUUGUUUUAACACUUAAGCUUCAGCAUUUACGGUGCGUCACAUUUUGAAAUCCAAUUCUCCCUCAGUGACAGAAUCAGUUUUAUGCUUUUGUUUUUUAACCUAUUGUAACCAACACCAUAAUAAUUAGUCUUACUACUAUUUAGCCAGAAUAGAUCACACAAAAAUAUUUCUUGUGAAUCUCAUUGAAUGUUAAUUUUUAAUCUUUAUUUUUAAAAGACUUAUCUUAUUUUUGCAUAAUACCGGCUAACCAGGCUUUUUUUCACUUUAAAUAUCUGCUUCUGUAGUUCUGUAUAUCCCCCUGGAACAUAGAUCAGUGUAACUAUCCCCCAAACCAUCAAAACAAAGUAUUCUGGGUUGAUAGUUGAAUGCAUUUUUCACCAUCUUGCUCACAAAUUUCCAUCGAUAGAUACCAGGUGAAAUUAUAAUUAAAUAUAACUGGGGGUUACUUAUGAUGUCUGUAUGCACUGGUCGUGUGUUAUUUCACUGAACUGCAAACCUCACACAGUAAUGCCAUCCAUCCAUCAUUAGCCAAAUUCAGGUCUGUUGUUUGUAUAACAAAAUAACAUGCUGUCUUACAAAUAAAUGACAGUAGCUAAUGAUAGAA